AUGUCCCUUUACUCUGAGCCUCCUUCAGCUCGCUCCUUUCGAGACGAUAAGCCAACAUUGCUGGUCUGUUGGUGGUGCACAAUCUUCGCAAUGGUUAUAAUUUUAUUCCGCGUAUGUGGGCGCUAUGUGCGAACGGAAAAACUUUUUCGGGAAGACUGGAUAGCCUUUUCAUGCAUUAUUCCAUUAUUAUUUAGAAUGGCUUUUGUCCAUGUCGUCUUACUCUAUGGGACCAACAACACCACCGUUUCGGAUAUUUCUGAACAAGAUAUUUAUCGGAGAUCUCUGGGCAGCAAGUUCGUCCUAGUUUCUCGGUUUUUUUAUGCCGCCACGCUUUGGACCCUCAAGUUGACUAUCAGCGAGUUUUUCAAACGACUCACAUGGAGCAUCACGACUUUUUCUCAUGACUUUUUCCUAAGGAGUAUUCGUUGGCUUCUCCUGAUAACGUUCGUUAUUGUCAUCAUCGCCGACGUGAGCGAAUGUAGAUCAUUUUCAGGCUACUGGCAAGUCAUCCCUGAUCCCGGACCUCAAUGUCGACAGGGCUACGCCCAGCUUUUGUCAAUGGGCACCUGUAACAUUAUCACCGACUUACUCCUAGUUAUCUUCCCUAUCCCGAUAAUCAUUAAAUCCAAAAUGAAGUUCAAGCGAAAACUGCAGCUCGUCUUACUCUUCUCCAUGUCACUUUUACCCGUUGCCACCACCCUUUAUCGCCUACCUCACAUUAUAGAUCGACGUGGAAGCCAACAAUAUAGAUCCUUACUCGCUUCGGUCGAAAUCCUUUUCGCAACAGCUGUUGCGAAUGCAUUAGUGCUUGGUUCGUUUGUUAGAGAUAGAGGGGUAAAAAAGCCAAGAUUCAAGCUUGGAUCAACCAGUGAAAGUGUUGAACGAGCCGGGAGCUUCCGAGGUCAUAUUACCCGGCAAUGGGGAAGCGAUGAAGAUCUAGUGAGAGACAUGGGUCUCAGUAUGGAUCCCCAGCUACGAGAAAAACUGGCUACCCGUCGAUCCAAACCUGGUAAGGCUUGUCUUAAGGCUCACAGAAUCAUGGGGAACGACUGGGAAUGUUCUGAGGAAUCCAGAGAUACGAGAAAUGAGCUGGUCACUAUUAAGGUUGAACAACCUAAUAACUCUUCACUUAGCCCAUUUUGCGUGAUAACUCCCAGAAGAGUGUCAUUCUUUGAUGUCGGUGGCUUGUUAGAUGAUGACCAGCCUAAGAGACUCCGCCAAACAUCAGAGUACCCAGAUAAAGAAGUUGUGAAGCUAGAUCAAGACUUAUCGCCACUUAAAGAUGAGAAUGUUACUUCUAGUUGCCCUCGCACCAUUUCUCCGGCAUUCCUUCGAGAUGCUGGCAGCUCGCCAAGAUACCGUAAUGAAAAAUAUCGCUGA